AUGUUAAAAUCUAGUAAAAAUGUUCUGAUUGACAAUUUCAUUCGUAGACGAAGACAUGCAAAUACUUAUAACUUUCUCGAAUGGGUUGAACCUGAACAAUUCAGAAAUAUAGAACUGCUUGCAAAAGGAGGGUAUGGAACAAUCUACACCGCGACAUGGAUAGAUGGACCAAUAUAUCGGCAAGGUCCAUAUAAAAAUUCUCGGCACAAACUACGCAAAAAUCCAAAUGAAACUGUUGCUUUGAAAACUUUAUACGAUUCAUCAAAUGGUAUUGAAAAACUUCUCAAAGAGACCGAUCAAACUCUGCAAUUUAGUAGAGUAAAAAUUUAUGGCCUCACAAAAAAUCCUUGCAAUGACGAAUAUGCCAUUGUUAUGCUAUACUAUAAGCAUGGUGACUUGCGGAAUUUUCUUAAAAAGUACGAGACUCAUGGUAUGAUUGAUAUUCUAAGAUCAAUUAUAAACGAUCUUGAAAGUAUCCACAAUGCCGGAGUGAUCCAUUGUGAUUUACAUAGUGGAAAUAUUCUUUUACCUAACGCAAACACUGCCAUAAUUGCGGAUUAUGGUUUGGCACAACCUGCUUCACAUAUAACCUCCACUGAUAGCGAUAGUGCAUAUGGUGUUAUUCCAUAUAUGGCUCCAGAACUCCUUCGUGGUAAACCUAAAAGUAAAAAAUCUGACAUUUAUGCAUUAGGCAUAAUUAUGUGGGAGCUUUCUUCGGGCGAACCGGCUUUUUUUGAUCAAAAACAUGAUAUAUGUCUACAGCUUGCAAUUUGUGGUGGUUUUCGUCCCAAAACUAUAAAAGGAACAUCAGAACAAUAUGCUGAACUUAUGCAAAGGUGUUGGGAUGUUAAUCCAGAAAAAAGACCAACGAUAGAUGAAUUAAAACAAACGUCUCUUCAUUUUGGUUAUAAAGAUCUACCUACUAAACGAUGCCGAACUAUAAAGAACCCUUCAAUAUAUUACAGUCGUCUUAUUUCAAAUAAUCUAAUUAUAAAUGAAUAUUUAGCUGGAAUUUCAAAUAAUAACAUAAAGAUAAACGAAUAUUUAGCUGGAAUUUCAAAUAAUAACAUAACGAUAAACGAAUAUAUAGCUGGAAUUUCAAAUACUAACAUAACGAUAAACGAAUAUAUAGCUGGAAUUUCAAAUAAUAACAUAACGAUAAAUGAUCUUGAUAACAAGAUAAUGACUGCGAAUUGUACCACUAAUCUUAUGAACGACCCUUUAAAAUGGUUGGAGAUAUAUGCAAAUUUUGUCAAAAUAUUGACAAGAUAUAUCAUCUUGGAUGUUGAACCAUCAGAAUUUCUUGAGGAUAUUAAGGCAAAGAUACACGCUAAAAAUGGUCUUCCUGUGUGGUGUAUGGGUUUUAUUUUUGAAGGUAAACAAUUGGAGGAUGACCAACUCUUUCUGAUUAUAAUAUUAAAAAGAAUCGACAAUUCAUUUAGUACUCAAACUUUGCUGUGGUGCUUAAUUUCUUUUCCAUAG